CUGAAACGUAUCUCUAGUGUUUAGACUGCCCCGGGUGAGUUCACGUUCCUGCCGUGCUCCCCGCACUCUCUUCCUCAUUGGUCGACGCACGGAGCCAAUGAGCGGCGUGCUUGUUUGGAGGUUGUGGGAGCCGAACGGCGGUGCGGACGGUGUGGAGAGGUGAGAGGGGAGCUGUGCAGGUUCUCUCAGCUGGCCAGAGGGGCCUCUCCCGGGCCUGUCCCGCAGAGCUCACACUCUAACCAUCAUCCCAUGUGAGGUCACAGGUGGCAGACAUUUUCUGUGUCAGUAAUGGCCAAAUGCUAAAUCUCCUGCCCUGUAGAACUACAACUCCCAUGAUGCUUUGCCAGGCACCAUAACCACAUCCUUCCAGUCCCUGCAGUGCAUCAUGGGAUGUAGGCUAUUAUAGACUAUCUGUCUGAUUAUAAAAUGCUCUGGGUCUAGUAGCUGUCUGCUGGAGGAGAUGUCAGACAUUAAUAAGGAGUUAAAUGUUAUGUAAAGGGCAUUCACAUAUAAAGGCUGUGCUUUCUAAGUAAUGGGGUGGCAGUACUCUGUGCACAGUAAGGCCAUGCGGGGAAUUUAGUUAGCCCCAGUUUCAUUCUUGGUGUGAGAAUACAAGUUUGGGGGUUAUUUGCUAAACUGGAAAUGGUUGAGAGAAAGAGGAAGUUGAAAAUUUUAGGCCACAAUUUAAUAAUAGAACAGGGGGGGAGGGGGGAAUUAUUUGUAGAUUUUUAAUAUUUACAGAUUAAGCACAACUUGUUUUCUAUUUUCAAUUCAAGAGCGUUUACAGACUGAGGCGGUACACAGGUGGACAGAGAACGCGGGAGUGGAACUUUAGCGUUACACAAGUGAUGGAACAAUAAAGGACAACUGUCACCUAAAAAUAUUUUUUAUAUUUUAAAAAGAAAAACAAACUCACCCCUACCUUUUAGUAUUUGACUGGAUCUUUCAGCCAAAGACAUGCGUCUUGGGUCACACCGUGUUUGCUUUUAAACACUGUCUGACCCAAGGUGCAUGUACAUGGCUGAAGGAUCCUGUCAAAUACUAAAGGUAGGACAGAGCCAGAUUAGCCGUUGGGCAACCAAGACAGCCACCUAGGGCUCUGUGUGGGGAGCAGGGAGUAUUCUGGACUUUACCAAUAUUAGGUACAGACCACUUUAAGGGCGCACUUGAUGACUCAGAGUGUUGGAAUGGCAAGGGCACUCUUAAAGUGUUCUGCAAUUGAUAUUGGAAGGAGGGGUUGGAGAAGGGCAUGCACACAAUCCCCCACACAUUCAACUCUUAAUCAAUGUAAACACACUCAGUAUCUGCCCUAUAGUUGUCACUGUUAUCCAUACACACAACACUCAGCCUCCACUUACACACAUCACUCACAGGAACAGUCCAGGACUCUUGGAGGAGGCAACAGUUUGGCUACCUGCCUAGGGUCAUGGUCAACCUUAAUACAGCUAUGAGGUAGUGAUGAGUUUUAUUCCUUAUUUUAGAACAUAUCCUUGGUUUAAAAAAAAAAAAAUCCUAUUAACUCUUGAUGAAAGAAUUAUACUAUAAUAUUUUGGAGAUAACAGUUGUCGUUAAAGCAUGUUUUUUAGUGGUAUGCACACACACACAAAAAAAUGGUUUUGACUAUAAACAAAAUGGUGGAAGUUUGUGCUUAGUGUACAGCCCACUAGGACUGUUAAUCAGCCUCUGGAUUUCUAGUGCCUGUUUAGGCCUACUUUAGUGUGCAUGCAAAAUGGGUAAGAGAACCUGAGGCAUGGACAACAUAGCAUGUUCUGCGGCUCAGCCAAUAAGAAUAUACUGCUCAGUUCACUAUAUUGUGGACUAGGCUGUGUAUAAAUUAUAGAAACACAGAAUGUGAUGGCAGAUAAGAACCAUUCGGCCCAUCUAGUCUGCCAAAUUUUCUAAAUACUUUAAUUCCCUGGACUUAUCUUAUAGCUAGGAUAGCCUUAUGCCAAUCCCACGCAUGCUCAAACUCCUUCACUGUGUUAACCUCUACCACUUCAGCUGGAAGGCUAUUCCAUGCAUCCACUACCCUCUCAGUAAAGUAAUAUUUCCUGAUAUUAUUUUUAAACCUUUGCCCCUUAGCUGUCCCUGUAUGGCUGCUAUCCGUUUAUUGAUUCUAGUCCUUGUAUGUGAUGAUUGAAACUACUCUCUUGGGAAAGCUUACUUAUCCCAUAAACCAUUGCUGGCUAGGAGAUAAUGGGGUAACAUCAGUAUAUCUAGAUACAUUGUGGUGUACCUAAUUACAGCGUCUCAUCCAUGUGCAGGAUCCUGCAGACACACCCAAGUUGUAUUAUUUAUUUUAUUUAUGACUUUUUUUUUUUUUUUUUUUUUUAAAUGACGAGCAAAGAGAAGAAUAGAUAGGAUUUCUGUGUAUCCAGUGAUAAAAUAGUAAAAAAUCGGUAUGCUAAAUGACUUCUAGUAUGGUAGUGGAAGGAUUCCUUCUACGGUGACUGUUCAGACUAAGCAAAUAAAUUAAAACUUACCCUUUAAUGGAAAUAUAACUAAAAAGGUGGGAUUCCCUAAUAAUGUCUUAAGGGAAAAAACAUCUCCACCAAAACCAUGAAUGAACCAAAUGAAAACCAUAAAUACGACUAUUAACAAACACAUAAACAUCCAAUGUGAAUAUGAGAGGGUAGGUAUACUAAAUAUUGUAGCCUAUCCCACAUACCUCACCAAAAAAAGGGUGGUGUAUAGAGGUAUAUGUGUCUAAACCUCUAACAAUCUAGUUAAAUACUAGAAUAUACAACCAGACACUCCAAAAUCACAUAGGCUGCACUUAGGCUAGAACUAGAUACAUAAGAUGUAGACAGUAUAAAGGCGCAACAAUGUCUCAAUGAACUAUAACAAAUCGUAACAGAUUGAAUAAUGUGUCGAGUAUAAUCCUAACCAGAUAGCUGACCUAAUAUAAGUGCACUAAAGAGUGUCAGUUGUUUAAUGUAGACUAACUCUUUAAUACCAAUCAGCAGUAUAUAUCUUCUAUAAAGCCACCCAUGCCUGUCUCACCCAGCUCUGUUUUUACGAUUAGGAUUAAUCCUUGGUAUCUCCUGGAGCGGACUACAUACAGACGUGUCAAGGCUUUUUGAUACUCCUAGGGGUAAGCAUGUGUUUAUAUCGUUUGAGGAUUCCUGCAGGGUUAUUGUCUAAACAUAGAAAAGAAUGUCUCUUACCUAACAUGGUCAAGAUGUGCCUGUCAUCCAGGUUUAGGCCUUAAUUUAAUAUUAUUGGAUAAGAUUUUCUAAUAAUUUGAAUCUUUUCGGAUGCACUUUUCAAAUAUAUAUUUUUUUCAAAAUAGAAUAAAAUAUCCUAUUUAACCCCUUAACGCCGGAGGGCAUACUAUUACGUCUUAUUUUAAGCGGCUCUAAACGUCGCCGGGCGUAAUAGUACGCCCUCCGUUUUUUUUUGUAUUUACCCGGUCGCCGGCGAUCCCACGCCAGCGAUCGCGGUUGGGGGGACUCCGAGGGAGCCCCCCACGGCACAUCCGACGUCCUGAAGCCCCCCCAGCCAUGUGAGAGUGAGGUCCUUGCGAGGACCACACAAUCACAUGGCCAGGAUAGCUGGCUUCUGUAUUGCCAGCAAGGGGGCUGCCUGUAAUGACAGGUGGUCCCCCUGCUAGCUGAAAAUAAAAUAAAUUAAGUUAAUAAGUGUAAAAAAAAAAUGAUAUACUUAGAUUAUAUAUAUAUAUAUAUAUAUAUAUAUAUAUAUAAUCUAAGUAUAUCAUUUUUUUUUACACUUAUUAACUUGUUUUUAUUUUAUAUAUAUAUAUAUAUAUAUAUAUAUAUAUAUAUAUAUAUAUAUAUAUAUAUAUAUAUAUAUAUAUAUAUGUUAUAUAUAUAUAUAUAUAUAAGUAUACACACAUACACUGCUCCAGGUGUAUUUUACUACUAUAUCAAGCGUUUUGAGACUGAUACUGAUUAAAUAUAUAUAUAUUAUAUAUAAUAUAAAAAAAAUGUAAAUACGCUAAAAAUAAAUAAUUAAAAAUAUAUAGAUGUAAGUUAUUUCGUUUCAACUGUAUUGUGAUAUUAAUAUAUAUAUUUAUAUCAAAAAUACACGAGAAUAAAAUAAUAUAUAUCUAUAUACAUAAAUAUAUAUAUAUAUAUAUAUAUAUAUAUAUAUAUAUAUAUAUAUAUAUAUAUAUAUAUAUAUAUAUAUAUAAAAAUAUUUUAAAAAAAUUAUAUAUACAUACAUAUACACAUAUGUAUAUAUACAUAUAUUCUACAUAUAUAUUUAUGUAAUAUUUUUACAUAAUUAGAUAUCUUAAUUACAAUUAGCGGGACCUGCCUGACAACCCAUGCCGAAAGUAAAGGGAAUUUAAUUUGCUAGCACUAUAUUUAACCCUAUAACUUUCCAAGACACCAUGAAACCUGUGCAUGGGGGGGUACUGUUCUACUCGGCAGACUUCGCUGAACACAAAUAUUAGUGUUUCAAAACAGUAAAAUGUAUUACAACGAUAAUAUCGUCAGUAAAAGUGAAGUUUUUUGCAUUUUUCACGCACAAACAGCACUUACACGGACGAUAUUAUUGCUGCGAUACUUUUUACUGUUUUGAAACGCAAAUAUUUGUGUUCGGCGAAGUCUCCCGAGUACAACAGUACUCCUCAUGUACAGGUUUUAUGGUGUUUUCAAAAGUUACAGCGUCAAAUAUAAGGCUUGUUUCAUUUUUUUCACAUUAAAAUUUGCCAGAUUGGUUAGGUUGCCUUUGAGACCCUAUGGUAGCCCAAGAAUGGAAAUUACCCCUAUGAUGGCAUACCAUUUGCAAAAGAAGACAACCCAAGGUAUUGCAAACGGGGUAUGUCCAGUCUUUUUUAGUAGCCACUUAGUCACAAACACUGGCCAAAAUUGGCGUUUUUUGCAUUUUUCACACACAAACAAAUACUAAUGCUAACUUUGGCCAGUGUUUGUGACCAAAUGGCCACUAAAAAAGACUGGACAUACUCCAUUUGCAAUACCUUGGGUUGUCUACUAUUGCAAAUGGUAUGCCAUUAUGGGUGUAAAUUUCAUUCCUGGGCUACUAUAAAGUCUCAAAGGCAACGUAACCAAUCUGGCGAAUUUCAAUUUCAAAUGUAACGUGCUAUAUUUGACCCUGUAACUUCCCAAAACACCAUAAAACCUGUACAUAGGGGGGUACUGUUUUACACGUGAGACUUUGCUGAAUACAAAUGUGUAUUUUAUUGCAGUAAAAGCAAACAGUGUUAUGACAUUGACAGUUAAAAUGUCAUGUAGAACUAAAAUUAAAAAAAUCUUAUUUUCUCCCAUUUUUUUCAUAUUAAAUUAUGUUUCAUAUGUUUGAUAUUAAAUGUUUCCCCUGAAUAAAAUUAUAUAUAAUAAGGGUGGGUGCAUUUACUAUGAAAGAGGGGAAUUAUGGUUGGACAGACAUGUAGCGCAAAUGCCAGGUUUUGUUUACAUUUUGUUUUGUUCACAACGUGUACAUUUGGCUCCGUCCUUAAAGCGGCACUGUCAUGCCGAACUUACCUUUCCUCAAUCUCUUCCUCUUCUCCCCCUCUCUCAGGAUCUGUUAUUCUUUUCUUCCUGUCUUCUUUAAUUUUCUAUAAAAUCAUAAGACAAAGAAGGGACUCUUUGCCUUAUGGAGGAUUCCUCCGCUUGACCAGCUCUGACCAGCGGAGGAGCAAAGUGUGCUUCAUUUCCGCUGCUCAGAGCAAUUUUCCCAUGAUCCUUACCUUCCCUCUGUGUUCCCACAAUGCUUCCUGUCACUUUCCACAAAACUGCCGAAUUGUGUUCUAACUGAAUGACAACAGUAUGUUCGUUUCUUUUAGAACGCAAUUCGGCACUUUAUUCGGAUCGGAGUUUCAUUCUAAUGAAUGAAACUCUGAUCCUAUUCAUUGCUGUGGCUGCAUCUUGCAGACGCUUAGUAGAUAACUCCCUAAUUCCCACGGUAUCAGGGAGUUAUCUACUAAAAGGCUGAAGGACCUAAAUUGGUCUUUCAGCCAAAUUUACUAAUACUAAGUAAAGAUUACUUAGUAUUAGUAAAUUAAAUGCCCCUACUCGCUAUACCGAGUAGGGGCAUGUGUAGUAAGCGGUGAGCAGCUUAUAGCUGCUCACUGUAAAACAAAAAAACAAAAAGAACUUUCCCACGCUGUGUAAAAUGACUCAGAGCACUCUGAUUGGCUUAAACCCACCAAUCAGAGUGUUCUAAGCCUAAUUGCAGGGCGGGGCAAGACUUUAUAAGCCUUGACCCGCCCUGCGGAGCUCAGUAUGCGGCGUGCCCUCGAAGGGCGAACUUGGAUUAAUUUUUUUUUGCGCUCGUUUUUUUUUUUUAAAGUGCGACGGGUGUAAUGGAUUUUUAUUUGGCCUUUUUGGGGGCUGAAGAAAGAAGAUUUUAGAAAAAAGAAGACGUCAAAUGGUAAGUUAAAUUUUUUUUUUUUUUUUAUAGGUUAGUUAUUUUAUUCCCCCCUCACUAUUUGUAGGGUGAGGGGGGUAGGUAGGGGAUAGGUUUUUUUUGGGUGGGGGGGAUGGUGACUAGGGGCUUGGGACCCCUAGUCACCUUGAUUGGGGGGGGUGUUUCAUUUAGGGCCCCCACCCACCGCUCAGGGGUGGGGGCCAGGGGGGGAGGACAGUAGGUCCCCCCCCCUUAUUGUUUUAUUAGGGCCCCCACCCACCGCUCAGGGGUGGGGGCCGGGGGGGAGGACAGUAGGUCCCCCCCCCUUAUUGUUUUAUUGGGGCCCCCACCCACCGCUCAGGGGUGGGGGCCAGGGGGGGGAGGACAGUAGGUCCCCCCCCUUAUUGUUUUAUUGGGGCCCCACCCACCGCGCAGGGGUGGGGGCCAGGGGGGGAGGACAGUAGGUCCCCCCCCCUUAUUGUUUUAUUAGGGCCCCCACCCACCGCUCAGGGGUGGGGGCCAGGGGGGGAGGACAGUAGGUCCCCCCCCUCAUUAUCUUCAUGGCCCCCACCCGCCGCUCAGGGUGGGGGAGGGGGGGAGGACAAUAGGUCCGCCCCCCCUUAUUGUAAUUUGUCUUUUUUUUCAACAGUGAGCAGCCAUAGGCUGCUCACUGUUUAGUAGACAUGCCCCUACUCGCGGUAAAGCGAGUAGGGGCAUUUGGGAGAUUUUAAUCUCCCUUGUGCUAUUAUGGGGGUCAUAUUGACCCCCAUAGAAUGAGGGGGGGUACUGGGGGGGGCUUAUGAAGUGGUGGGGAGCACUGCUCCCUGCCACUUCUAUAGUUACAUAUUACAAGGAGGGAGCUGCACGCCGGUAGCUCCCCCCCUGUAAUAAACUGCACGAACAAACUAACACUGAUACAUAGUGUUAGUUUGUUCGGCUGAUCUUUCUAUUCACUCAUUUGUCUGUCUGAUGAAUGAAUAGCUGAAAUUCCCGUUCGCAUGUCCAGGUGUUUCACUGGGCAUGUGCGGGAAUCUCAGUGUCUGCCUAGUGUGGGCUGAUGAAGUGUCCCACAGGGACUUCAUCUACCCACACAAAGAUGGCGGCGCCCUGAAUAUAGAUCGGGGCAGAAAAUAAGGAAUAAAAAAUAGGUAAUGUGGGGGGCUUAGGGGCAUUUGGGGGUGACUAGUGGGUCAAUUGGAUGUAGUGGAUGCGGGAGGGGGGUUAAAAAAAAAAAAACGGGAUUCGGCAUGACAGUGCCGCUUUAAGGGCUUAAAAAAUCAAAAUAUUACAAUGAUAUUUUUUUAUAAUAUUAAAUCAUAUUUAUAAAGUUUAUCCAAACAUAUGCAAUCAUUUGAAAGCUUAUCCAACAAUAUUGAGGCCUUUAUGUGAUGAAAAUGUGGUGUUUAGUGAGGAAGCCUGCUGGUCACCUGAAAUGUGGCAAGGUUAAAUUGGAUAACCGGUUAAAAGGACUACACAUACAUGCUUUUACCAUACAACUUUUUUUUUAUAAUCACGUUUCAUACAAGUGUGUCAAAUGCUUGCAACUAUAAGAUUGUCAGGGUGUUUUGUGACACCCUGCUUUUGUUAGACUUGUUCAUUUGGUUUCAAACAAAACUGCAAUUCAUCUGAAUUUUGGCUGAGAUUAUGUUGACCAAACUUAAAAAAAUAAAUAAUAAUAAUAAUUUUGCGGAACAACUCUUUUCCACUGUGCACAAGUCUAGCUUUCAUGUUUUCAUUUUUUUGGUGUCUGUAAAACUAUCUGUUCUCUGAAACCUGCUCUUCUAUAAAACCUGCCCUUUUAUAUUUUCUUUGUCUGUCUGCUUUGGCUUUGUCUGUCAUAAUGCUUUGCUUUUAUUGGUCUGCUUUAAAUUCACACGUCUAAAUCCAAUAUAGGGAAGAAUUCUCUUUAUUAUAACUGCUGUCUCACUGCAUUUGUUCUACCUUUCUUGUCUUGGCAGUUGUGCGUGGACUGUGAUCCUGGAGAUGCAAUUAUGACAGAGUCAGAAGAGACUGUGCUGUAUAUAGAGCAUCACUAUGUGUGCUCUGAGUGUGGAGAGGAGUAUCCUAACUUGGAGGAUGCUGUCGUACAUCAGCAGACACACACAACAGAUGUACAGGAAUCACAGUAUCAAGUGCUUGGUCUUGACUCUCACGAAAACCAGUACCAGUGUCUGGAGUGUGGCCAGGUUCUAAUAACCCCUGGAGAGCUGCUAAUGCAUCAAGAGAUGCACCUUAAGAUGAUGAAGCAGGUUCCACCUGCCAGUCCCAAGGCCCAACACACCUCCCGAAGUGCUAUCCAUUAUGAAUGCCCAGUUUGCAAGGCUCUGUUUAACAGCCAGGAUGUCUGGAUGGCCCAUCGGUAUACUCAUAUGCAAGCUCAGGAUGUGUCACAAUCUAAAGUACUACUGAAGACGGAUGACCAUGUCAUGGAGGAAACCAUUCAACUCGUGUGCUCUCCUUCAGUGCCUGGGGAGGUUCAUCUUGUAGCAGGUCAGCAACACAUCGAAGUACCCACUCAGCCUUCUGCUGCAGUGUCACAUACUCAAGUGCUUGUGGGACUGGAGCAUUCUUACAAGAAGAAUGAAGAUGCUGGGGAGGAUUGCGCAGUUGAAGUUUUGCUUUAUAAAUGUUCACAGUGCACACAGCUGUUUCAAACACCCGAGGAGUUUUUGGAACAUCAAGCAACCCACUUUGCUGCCGAGGAAUGUGCUCCAGAUUCAGGACUUGAAACAUUUGAGCCUCCUGAACCAUCUCCAAAAGAGCAAGUAGAUCAAAUACCAAAGGAAAAUCCACCCACAGAAAACUGUGAGCAGGAGAGCAAUGUUGUCUCUGUGGCAGCUGAAGAGCAGCAAGUAGAUACAGAUGGCACGAACUCUGCAUUAUCUUGUGAGAGUUGUGUAAAGACAUUCCAAAGUGCUGAAGAACUUCAGCUACACCAAUUGUCCCACCAGACUGGUCCUUUCAGCUGCCCACUCUGUAGCAAAAUCUUCCCUACACAAGUGGAAGUCGGAGAGCACCUAAGGUCACAUCAGAGUGAGUCGCACUAUCUUUGCAUGGAUUGUGGGAUCGGUUUUUCCAGCGAGGCUAUCCUGCUAAAUCAUCGUCGCACCCACCUUUCCAACCCUCUCUAUUCUUGUGAGUGUGGAGAGACCUUCCUUAAUAUGACAAAAUUCCUUUACCACCGCCGUUUGCACAAUAACAAACAAAAAGAUCCUGCACUCGUGCAGGAGCCAAAAACAUCCACUCAAACAUUACCAACGCCAGCUGGUGGCUUUAUGUGUGCCCCGUGUGGGAAGGCCUUUCCACUUCUGCACCAGCUACUACGCCACCAACGUUUUGUGCACUCGCUUGAAAGGAGGCACAAGUGCCCAAGUUGUGGAAAACCCUUUAAAAAACGUUCACACCUGCGCUCUCAUAUUCUUACCCAUACCGGGGAACGUCCAUUCUCCUGUAUGGACUGCAACAAAUCUUUCAACUCUCAAGCCAACCUACUUAGACAUAAGCUCACUCAUACGGGAGAAAAGCCGCAUAAGUGUCAGCUAUGCAACAAGGCUUUUAGCCAGUCGUCUACUUUGCAGCAACAUCUAUCCGUACACAGUCAAGAACAUCCGUAUAAAUGCAAUGAGUGCGGGGUCAACUUUCACCGUCCUUACCGUCUGUAUAUGCACCAGUACCAACAUACCGGAGAGUACCCCUAUAAGUGUCAGGAGUGUGGACUCUCUUUUCUACUUAAGAGACUCCUGGAAGUGCACCAACUUGGGCACCGUGGUCAGGUUCCUCAUCGAUGUGCAGAGUGUGGCACAAAUUUCCCUACCUUACUCAGGCUGCAGGAUCAUCGCUGCAACAAAUCUGCCUCUGUAGAGGGUGAGAAGGUGGAGUGCCCUGUGUGUGGCAAGAAAGUAAUAAGUGAUGCCCGUCUUAAUGCUCAUGUUGCAUCUCAACAUGCGGGUCCCAGGACUGAUAAUGGAUACCCACAAAAGGGUGAGCUGCAGGCCCCCAUUUCACUCAAGAAGAAGAAAAACGGACCCAAGAGGUUGGAAUGUCCUGAUUGUCAUAAGACAUUCAGCACAGAAACCUCUCUUCAGGUUCACCGCAGGAUUCAUACCGGUGAACGGCCCUACCCUUGUCCAGACUGUGGCAAAGCCUUCAGACAGUCCACACAUCUUAAGGACCACCUUCGACUACACACAGGGGAGAAACCUUUCAAGUGUGAAGUAUGUGGCAAAGCUUUCACAAUUGCAGUACGACUGUCUGAACAUAAACGCAUCCACACCGGGGAACGCCCGCAUGUCUGCCCAGAGUGUGGUAGAGCAUACCGCUCUUUUUCAAAUCUGUGGAAGCACCGAAAGUUGCACCGCGAACAGCCAGACCCACCGACUGCCUCUGAAUCUCACUCCAGUGACCUAGCCAGUACAGUGGCUAUACUGGAGACUGUAGAAAGCAUUCCCAUUAUUGAGACAGUCGAAAUAUUUCCUGAAGGCAGCGCAAUCAGUGUGCAGGACAUUCAAUUUGAAACUCUGCAGGUAGAGAAUAUCCAUUUGGGGAACAUUCAGAUAGGAAACCUAUGAGGGGAAGGAAUUGAAAAUGAUGCUUUGCAUAUAAUGUAAACAUUGCAUUCAAAUGUUCUUGCACUCGUUACGGAAUUUGAAAAUGUUUAACUCUUCCAUGGGAAUGUUAACACACAAACUAUUUUAAUGAUCUCCUCUAGUUAUUAAUAUUCAAUAAAGAGUUAUAACAUCC